CUGUGGCUGUGGCUGUGGCGGCGGCGGCGGCUGUGAUAGUGGCGGCGGCAGGGUGUCCGGGAGGCAGCAGCAGCUACGGCAGCGGCAGCGGCGGCGCUGAGGAGAGCCAGGCGGCCGCGUCGGCAGCCGUCCGCGCGUCAGGCGGAACCUCGAGCUGUCCGGCGGUCGCAGGCGCCGAGGCAUUUGCCGUUUCCUACCCGGCUCGGCGUUCCCGGCCCUGGCUGGGCAGGGCAGAGCGCCCCUGGGGAGGGGCGGAGCCGUAGAUAUGGCAUAAGAUAUUUCUUCGAGAUUGGACAGCUGGUGACCUGCUAUUUCUCAUGGCUUUAAGCUGAUUUUAUAGCCAUAGAGAAACCUCACGGAAUUGUGUUGUUUUCUGCUUUAUACCAUUUCUGGCCUCAGAGUUCACCCUGCAACCAUGUAUGGAAGCGCUCGAUCAGUAGGGAAAGUGGAACCAAGCAGCCAGAGUCCUGGACGAUCACCUAGGCUUCCACGGUCCCCUCGCUUAGGUCAUCGGCGAACAAAUAGUACCGGAGGGAGUUCUGGAAACAGUGUUGGAGGUGGUAGUGGGAAAACCCUUUCAAUGGAGAAUAUACAGUCCUUAAAUGCUGCCUACGCUACAUCUGGCCCUAUGUACCUAAGUGACCACGAAAACGUGGGUUCGGAAACACCUAAAAGCACUAUGACACUUGGCCGUUCUGGGGGACGCCUGCCUUAUGGUGUUAGGAUGACUGCUAUGGGUAGUAGCCCCAAUAUAGCAAGCAGCGGGGUUGCUAGUGAUACCAUAGCAUUUGGAGAACAUCACCUCCCUCCUGUUAGUAUGGCAUCCACUGUACCUCACUCUCUUCGUCAGGCAAGAGAUAACACCAUCAUGGAUCUGCAGACACAGCUGAAGGAAGUAUUAAGAGAAAACGAUCUUUUGAGGAAGGAUGUGGAAGUAAAGGAAAGCAAAUUAAGUUCUUCGAUGAAUAGCAUCAAGACCUUCUGGAGCCCAGAGCUGAAGAAAGAGCGAGCCUUGAGAAAAGAUGAAGCUUCCAAAAUCACCAUUUGGAAGGAGCAGUACCGAGUUGUGCAGGAAGAAAACCAGCACAUGCAGAUGACGAUCCAGGCUCUCCAGGAUGAGUUGCGGAUUCAGAGGGACUUGAAUCAGCUGUUUCAGCAAGAUAGCAGUAGGACUGGAGAGCCUUGUGUGGCAGAGCUGACAGAAGAGAACUUCCAGAGGCUGCACACUGAGCACGAGCGGCAAGCCAAAGAGCUGUUCCUUUUGCGGAAGACCCUGGAGGAAAUGGAGCUGCGAAUUGAAACUCAGAAGCAAACCCUAAGUGCUCGGGAUGAGUCCAUUAAGAAGCUUCUGGAGAUGUUACAGAGCAAAGGGCUUUCUGCCAAAGCUACGGAGGAAGACCACGAAAGAACAAGACGGCUAGCAGAGGCAGAGAUGCACGUCCACCACCUAGAAAGUCUUUUGGAGCAAAAGGAAAAAGAGAAUAAUAUGUUGAGAGAGGAGAUGCAUCGGAGAUUUGAGAAUGCCCCUGAUUCGGCCAAAACAAAAGCCUUGCAAACCGUCAUUGAGAUGAAGGAUUCAAAAAUUUCUUCCAUGGAGCGUGGACUCCGAGACCUGGAAGAGGAAAUUCAGAUGCUGAAAUCAAAUGGGGCUUUGAGUACUGAAGAACGAGAGGAAGAGAUGAAACAGAUGGAGGUCUACAGGAGCCACUCUAAGUUCAUGAAAAAUAAGGUAGAGCAACUGAAGGAGGAACUAAGUGCGAAAGAGGCUCAAGGGGAGGAGCUGACAAAGAGAGCGGCUGGUCUUCAGUCUGAGAUUGGCCAGGUGAAGCAAGAGUUGUCCAGAAAGGACACUGAACUACUAGCCUUACAAACAAAGCUAGAAACUCUCACGAACCAAUUCUCAGACAGUAAGCAACAUAUUGAGGUGCUAAAGGAGUCCCUCACUGCUAAGGAACAAAGGGCUGCCAUCUUGCAGACCGAGGUGGAUGCUCUUCGAUUGCGUUUGGAAGAAAAGGAGACUAUGCUGAAUAAAAAAACCAAACAAAUGCAAGAUAUGGCUGAGGAGAAGGGCACACAAGCUGGAGAGAUACACGACCUCAAGGACAUGCUGGACGUGAAGGAGCGGAAGGUCAAUGUUCUUCAGAAGAAGAUUGAAAAUCUCCAGGAACAACUGAGAGAUAAAGAAAAGCAGAUGAGCAGCUUGAAAGAGCGGGUCAAGUCUCUCCAGGCGGAUACCACCAACACAGAUACAGCUCUAACGACCUUGGAGGAGGCUCUUGCAGAGAAAGAACGGACAAUUGAACGCUUGAAGGAGCAACGGGACAGAGAUGAGCGAGAGAAGCAGGAGGAGAUUGAUACCUACAAAAAAGAUCUUAAAGACUUGAAAGAGAAAGUCAGCCUGUUGCAAGGAGACCUCUCAGAGAAGGAGGCUUCUCUCUUGGAUCUCAAAGAGCAUGCUUCUUCCCUGGCUUCCUCAGGACUGAAAAAGGACUCACGGCUCAAGACCCUAGAAAUUGCUCUUGAGCAGAAGAAGGAAGAGUGCCUGAAAAUGGAGUCCCAGCUGAAGAAGGCACAUGAAGCAACAUUGGAAGCCAGAUCCAGUCCAGAGAUGAGUGACCGAAUACAGCAAUUGGAGAAAGAGAUUGCCAGGUACAAAGAUGAAUCCAGCAAGGCCCAGACCGAAGUUGACCGCCUCUUGGAAAUCUUGAAAGAAGUGGAAAAUGAGAAGAAUGACAAAGAUAAGAAGAUAGCUGAACUGGAAAGUCUCACUUCAAGGCAAGUGAAAGACCAGAAUAAGAAGGUAGCCAAUCUGAAGCACAAGGAGCAGGUGGAGAAGAAGAAGAGCGCACAGAUGCUGGAGGAGGCCCGGAGAAGGGAGGACAGUCUCAGUGACAGCUCUCAGCAACUGCAGGACAGUCUCCGUAAGAAGGAUGACAGGAUUGAAGAGCUGGAAGAAGCACUGAGAGAAAGUGUGCAGAUAACUGCAGAGCGUGAAAUGGUGCUGGCACAAGAGGAGUCAGCCAGGACCAGUGCUGAGAAACAGGUGGAAGAGCUGUUGAUGGCCAUGGAGAAGGUGAAGCAGGAACUGGAGUCCAUGAAAGCUAAGCUGUCCUCCACACAGCAGUCCCUGGCAGAGAAGGAGACACAUCUCACCAAUCUCCGGGCAGAGAGAAGGAAGCACUUAGAGGAAGUUCUGGAGAUGAAGCAAGAAGCUCUUCUGGCUGCUAUCAGUGAGAAGGAUGCUAAUAUAGCUCUUCUGGAGCUGUCAUCCUCGAAGAAGAAGACCCAAGAAGAAGUGGCGGCACUGAAACGGGAAAAGGACCGCCUGGUGCAGCAGCUCAAACAGCAGACACAAAAUCGAAUGAAACUAAUGGCUGACAACUACGAGGAUGACCACUUCAAGUCUUCCCGUUCCAAUCAGACAAACCAUAAACCCUCCCCAGACCAGAUCAUCCAGCCCCUCUUAGAACUUGACCAAAAUAGAAGCAAGUUAAAGUUGUAUAUUGGACACCUGACAGCCCUCUGCCAUGACCGAGACCCCUUAAUCCUUCGUGGACUCACUCCACCAGCUUCUUAUAAUACAGAUGAUGACCAGGCAGCUUGGGAGAAUGCGCUGCAGAAGAUGACCCAGGAGCAGCUUCAGAGAGAGCUAGAGAAAGUUGAAGGGGACAACGCAGAGCUCCAGGAGUUUGCCAACACCAUUCUCCAGCAGAUAGCCGAUCACUGCCCUGACAUCCUUGAGCAAGUUGUCAAUGCCCUGGAAGAGUCCUCCUGAUGUGCUCCAAGCAAGGUGACCAAGGAGCCAGAAAGGAGAACCUGGGGACCAGGUGCCUGAGCCGCCUCCACACCAGACCCUGCCAGCUGGCCAUUCAAAUCCGGCCACUUGUGUCUGCCAUCCUCUGCCUUCUGCUCUGAAUGUUGUCUCUGCACAGAUCUCCUUGGUCUCCAUGAAGACCAGCCCUGUCGUCAGCAGAGCUGGGGAGGCCAGCACUCUGCCCUUCCAGGAAGAGGAAGCCAGAGCCUGGUGGACUCCUGGAGUCUGUUCAGAGUGUUGACAGCUUGGUGCUGAAGCGUGAGAGUGAGUGCUUCUCCUCAGACUGUAGAGGAGGAGCGGGUGGCCGGGACAGAGAGAAGAGCACUCCCCGCUGCCCUGCCCGUUUUGCCAUCCCUGCUGCUGUCUGGAGGGUCAGGCAGGCUUAGCUCUGGCCCAGCUGGGAAUCCUGGCCUGCUGCCUGUCUGUCUCACCUGCACUGCUCUCGGCUGACAGGAAGCUAAUAUGCACAGUGCUCACCCUGCUCACUCCUGUCGAAGACCUUUGAUCUUCCCACCCCUCACUGUUGGGUUUCAUGUCUGACCUGAAGAGAAGAGGGUUGAACAGGAAGGACCUGUUGUCACUGCUUGCAACCUUGCUCCUCUAGAUGUCCCACAGGGCCAUGCUGAUUCCUCCUGAUCAUCACCCACAAUGCUGUCUGCUCCCUCCACCUUGCCCUAAGCUACCAUAGAACAGGGCUUACUAGAGUAUGUGGUCCAUGGCCCACCUUCUCAACUACCCGUAAGGUACAUCCUCAGAGUCAGCCUCAUGCCCUGCCUAGAAACUUCUUUGGCACAACUGAGUUUGUCUUAUCUCAUACACAUUCCUCUCUCCAUUCAUUCAUUCAAAAAAUACUAUGAAAUGCUCGCUGUGUGCACAUCAGUGUGUGAGGCACCCAUCUUCAGAAAAGCCUCUGAUAGGGAGAGGUGUGGGGAUCCUGUGAGACGUGCUCAGUUGAAAGCAUGGCGGUGAAAGCAUACCAUCUCCCCUCCAUCUUCCUGGAAGUGUCCUUCUCAGACCAGCAUUCUCUGUUUCCCCCAUAGAGGCGUCAGUGGGCUUGGGUGGCUGAGCCACCUCUUUGCCUGCGAGGUCCCAUUGGCAGUCAGGAUCUUUGCUGUCGGUGUUGUUACCCUAAAAAGUGUUCUGUGUAGGUGACUGUACCUGUCCAUUUGUGUCAGCUGCCUGCUUAACAAAUGCAUACACACCCUGUGGACUCAGCCAGCACCAUGCUGAGACCAGGUGCAGACACAGCAGUCACAAAUCACCAGACUCUGAGAAACAGACAGCGGCGGCGCAUAUCUAGUCCUUCAGUCCCUGAAGCAACCACCUGACGCGCCCAGCCACACUCUCAAAAGAAUGUAAUGCUGCCUGUAAAUCCCCCACAGCCCUCAACCUAGGACCUCAUGAGACUGCCACAUUAAUAGUCACAUCCCUGCUCCCCUUCUUCCCUGCCAUAAAGUGUUCCCUUGUGUGAGAUGCUGAGGUUUGAAUGGACUCUGCCAUGAACCUGUCUCAGGUGCUUUCGGAGAUCCCAGCCUGGCCAGGAAUAUGGAGAUUAGGCGCAAAUGAUCACUGCUGCUCAGUUCUCUCAGUUCUUUUUACUGUCCCAUCCAUAAAUCCUGUAGAAGACACCAGUACUUCAGGACAGGAAAGUCAGAAUCUGGUUUUACGCCCGUAACAUAAGGAAGCACCACCCAGUAACAGCUUCACAGGCUGUGGUGGAACCCAGAAAGCAGGAGAGUCCGAGUCCACAGGAGCAGCCUGGCACUGAUGCUGGUCAGCUGUUCUCCAACUGCUCUGUGAGGAACCACCCCAGGCAGGCCUCCCCGGUAUAGCCACUGGGGUUUGUCUGCUACUAUUGACCUGCUGCUUUCUCUGUAUUUUAAAACUUUUUUCCAUCAGGUCCCUGCAGAGAGGAUGCAGGAGCUUUCAGGAACUCAUGCUUGUUGGGGAGGCAAGUUUGUAGGACAGACAUUGUCUGAUCUGUGCACCACAGCAAAGGGGUCUCCACCUCAGUGGAGAUCCAGUGAUUCAAAUGGUUCUGGAGACUGUGGAGCUAAAGUUGAACCAUAAACAUGGCCUUUAUGUUAGGCGAAGUUAAUAGGUUAUCUAGCAUUCAGAUCUUACUGAAUUAACGUCAUUCAUUGAGCCAAUAUUUACUAAAUACAUAACUGCUUUACACUAGGACAUGUCAUCCAUGACUGUCUUCAUGCACUUAUAUGUUUCUCCAGACAUCUGGCCUUGAGAGUCACUGCAGGUUGGCUGGGAUCAUCCCCAUCACUUCCAUCCCAUUGUCAAGCCUCAUACCCUUUGCACCUAAACACCUCUAUCCCAAAUACAGGUCAUCAUGAAGUAAGAAAUGAGGGCUGGACUCCAACCUGGAGCUUCUAGCUAAGGCAGCAGCAUCCUUAGUAGGCCUCUGUCCUGGGUCUUCAGUGGCUGGCUGACUGCUGGCAUGUCUGACUGGGACUGACAGGGACUUAAAGACCAUUAAAGAUGAAGAAGUCCGAGUGGGCGUCAGCAGCCAGCAGUGCAGAGGGCAUCCUUCAGUUCCUGUCAGCCUUUCUUCUCAUACAUCUUCCCAAGGCCUGAGCACCCCUCUGCCUCACCUGGGGGCCUUAGAAGUUCUAGGAAAGCAGAGUGACUGCCACCACCAAUGGUGUUUUAGGUCAUGCUGUGACUGGUCACCUCCCUUCCAUCUGUUUGGCUUCCUGGGAAGAAUAUGUCGGCCCACUUUCUCCCUUGGGAGAGGUGAGGUCAGCGCAGAUGGUUCUCACAUGCUACUGUCCUGCCCCUCCACUGUUGACACUGGGAUUGGUUUGGCAUCACACCCUCCUGUUUGACUGAAGCACAGGCCCACUGGCCUCCCUCCAGGUCUUUGAGGAAGGGCCAAAGCAAGGAUAUGUUGCUGCGUAGAAUGUGACACUCACAGGCCUAAGUCCCAGCAGACCCCAUGUCAGCAGGAUUGGUAACUCUCAAGCUGCCUCCCCGGCCUUACCUCCUGCCCGCAGAGUCCAGAGCCGAGGAAAAAGAAGAAGGAUGAGGCUGCACCACAGGCCUGUUGGGCACUUGCCGUCACUGCCAGUCUUGGGGCUGUUGACCAUUCAAAGACAUGUCCCUCCUGUGAACCAAGAGGAUGUUCAGGGAAGAAGAGGACAUGCGUGACCUGGGGAUCCUUCUGAACAAAAUGGCUCUCUGUAUUCUUUUUAAACAAACUUUUCAAACUUUUUAGUGUCAAAAUUGUAACCAAGUGUCCUGAUUCUUCCCUCUGUGUUUGGCAAGUGCUGUGACCCCACCAUAGGUAUUUCUCCGCCUGCCUCUUGUGAGGGGAAGUGAUUUUCGGGGUUGAUUUUGAGGAGCGGGUUGUCUGUCCUGUCCCGCCACCUCUUUCAUUUCUCUGCUUGUUUGAUAUUGUCUGUGUGAUUCAGAGAACUGGGGCAGUUACAUUGUGUCCAUUGUUGAGAAUAUUCAAAUAUUAAAAAGUAGUUAUAGAACUGAAAAAUUAAAGAGCUGUGUUUUUAAAAAUGCAAACCCAUAAAUAAUCAUGUUAACAAAGGAAUUCAAGCUAUGGGUGGCCUAGCUCCUCCCCUCCAGGGUGGUGAGGUGGUAGCCAGGCCAGCCCUUGGGAAACACAUGACCACGCUUGAGGUGGGUGACUGCCUGGGAACCAGAGACCUGCUCAGUGGAGCAGUGAGAAUCCAGGGCUCAAGGACUCUCAGUGUGUCAGGGUUUUCUAUACAUCCUCAGGACCUCUGGGUAGAGAUUUCAACAUUGGUGACCCCAGAACCACCCUUACCCUCACAUUGGGUCAAGCCUCGUGUGCCUAGUGCUGUAUGGUAACCUGGGCUUGGGCCUGCCUACCAGGCCACAGGACCUCUUCCUGCCCACUUGGUGCUAUUUCAUCAUGACCAUCCAACAGGGCAGCCUGGUCUCCAGAGCCUACAGGCCGGUGCCAUGGAUGGCCCUCAGAGCCUGCAGGCCAGUGCCAUGGAUGGCCCUCAGCCUGCAGGCCGGUGCCAUGGAUGGCCCUCAGAGCCUACAGGCCGGUGCCAUGGAUGGCCCUCAGCCUGCAGGCUGGUGCCAUGGAUGGCCCUCAGAGCCUGGCCCUCUCUGGCUCAGAUCCUAGAUUCUCCCCUUGGAAGCUUUUUAGACCUAAACCUCCUUGUCUCCAGAGAUGCCAGCACAAGAAAGGAAGUGAGCCAGGCUGAGGCAAGGAGAUCCAUCCCUGUGCCACAGUGACACACCAGCCCAGCCCCUCUUCCCUGCCACGCCAGUAUUCCAUCCAUCCUUUAAAGCAUCUAGUCCUGCCUGAGGCACAGGCCAUCCCUCGGGCCAGCGGCCCAGUGCAGACCAGAAACCUGCCUUGCACAACAAGCUGUUCCAGAAUGGGGACUUGGGCUUUACUCUACACCCCUCCUUCAGAAGAGGCAUGUUGCACUUUAGUGGGGAGCCCAGAAGACUGGGCACUGGCUUCCUGUAGCUUGAGUCCUGUAGAUAGCAGUGGUGGCAGCCCCAGCUGCCGUCUUAACUGUGCACGUGAGUGCAGUUACUAGCGUCGAAUUGCUGGCCUGAUGAUGACAUUACAAAGACAUUGUGUUCUGUUCAACUUUGCCUUGGUAAUUAUUGUAAACACUUUGUUUGGUUUUUUCUUUUUUAUUCACGAACUAAAUCCAUCAGGAAAUUAUAAACUUAUUUAAAAACUG